AUGUCAAGUGCAUCAUCCCAAAGUAAUAUCGAAGCGGAAUAUUCUCUAUCUGCCCUUCUAUCUCUCCUCGACGACCUCAACAUCGAUCCUCCCUCUUUCUACCUUAGCUUUCAAGGAAAAGAUCUCGGCAGCCACAGCUCCCUAUCCACCAUCUCGCUGUACAUCGCUCCCAUUCAGAAGACAUACCUCAUAAACGUCCACAGCCUCGGCAAUACCACCUUCUCAACCUCCAACAGCAGCAAAACCUCUCUCAAAACCAUCCUCGAAUCUCCCGCUACUCCCAAAGUCAUCUUUGAUAUCCGCAACAGCUCAUACGACCUGUUUACCCAUUUCGGGAUUUCAGUAGAUGGAAUAAAAUACCCCCAAUUCAUAGAACUCGCAACUCGCGAAGGCUUGAAGGUGUUCGUCACUGAUCUGACGAAGUUGCUUUGA